CUUCAUUCCUUUGAAGCUUAAACAUCUCCAUAUCUCUCUCUCUCUCUCUCCCUCUUCGUCCUCUGUUCUGCUCUGCUUCUUCAACUCCUUGUAUUGUGAGCUUUGUUGCAGGAGAUUCGAUUUUUUUAAGGGGAGGAGGAUAGAUUAGAGCAAGGUCUGUCGAAGCUACGGCGAUGAAGAAGGCGGAGCAAGUCGUCGGGACGGCGAAGAGCGUGUUGUCGCGGCCGAGGCGCCGCCCGGAGGCGGAGGUUUCGCAGCAGCGAGUGGUCCGCAUCUUCUUCUUCGAUGAUGACGCCACAGAUUCCUCCAGCGACGAGGGCGGGUGCCGCCGCGUGAAGCGGUUCGUGCAGGAGGCCCGGUUGGAGAUCGCUGCUGGAGGCUCGGCUGAGGCAGGCAAGCGUAAGGCCGUGAAGGGAGGCUCCGAAGCCAGGAAGAAGCGAGCAGAAUGGCAGGCGCCGGCCGGCGCCAGCAAGGAGGGCGGCGAGCGCAGGUUCCGCGGAGUCCGGCGCCGGCCGUGGGGGAAGUACGCGGCGGAGAUCAGAGAUCCGUGGCGGCGUGUCCGCCUGUGGCUCGGCACAUACAACACCGCCGAGGAGGCCGCGAAGAGCUACGACUGUGCCGCCAUCAGGCUACGUGGCCCCGACGCCGCCACCAACUUCCCCACCGCGGCGGCCACGUCAGGCUGCCCUGCUCCGCCAUCGCGACGUCCGAAGCACUUGGAAACCAACUUCGCUUCCACCUCCGGCGGAUACCACUCCGGAUGCGAGGAGUCGCCGCUCAACGUCACAUCCCCGACCUCCGUCCUCCGAUGCUUCGCCCCAUCCUCCUCCGCCGCCUCCCAAUCAGAACAAAAGCCCAGACCUCCUGCGUCAGCCUUCCCGGCGAUCCCGCCGCCGUUGGAUCUGGGCGAGUUCCUGCCUUUCGCAGAGGUGGAGCCCAUCUUCGACGGCCUUCUCGGCUUCGGAACCGAGGAGCCGCUCGGUUUCAUCCCCGACCAUGCGGCGCCGGUCGAACUCCUGGAUGAAGACGUGGACGACGCCCUUCUCGUCUCGGGGUUCGACGACUUCGCCGACGACGAUCUCUAUGGUGACAUCGGCGACUAUUUCGCUUCCGAGCCGCUCCCCUCCGUCUGACCCUUCGCUGCGCGUCGCCGGAGGCCGAUCACUGCCGCACUACCAAAAUAAUCCAUUUUGCCUUUUGUCGUUUCCUUUUUUUUUUAAUUUUUAUUUUUUUUGUGGUCAGUUUCCCAUUUUUUUCUCGAGACAAAUUAAUGUAAAAAAAUCAUUAAAUCCACCUUUUUGUUUUGGGAAAAAUCAGUGUGCGCCAGA